AUGUUUCGAGCAAUUAGUAAAUUUCGUCAUGCUACACUUGUAAGCCUAGGAACGAUUACUACUGCUGGUGCUUUAUCUUACUACAUUUAUACGGAUCGUUCUAAAAAAUCUCUUUAUAAUCCUCAAUUUAUGAUGUCUCAAACUUAUGCUGAUGCAAAUAUUUCAAAAAAAAUCCCAUUAAAAGUUUUACCAUCACGUGAUGAAAUGAUAAAUAUUCUUAAAUAUUCGAAUAAUAUCAAAAAUUCUCAUCAAAAUGAUGAUGGGGAAUUCGAUCUAUUAAUAAUUGGAGGUGGUGCAACAGGAACUGGCAUUGCUCUAGAUGCUGCAACAAGAGGAUUAAAAGUUGCGUUAGUGGAACGUGAUGAUUUCGCUUCAGGGACUUCUUCACGUUCUACAAAACUUAUUCAUGGUGGUGUUAGAUAUCUUGAAAAAGCUAUUUAUGAAUUAGAUUAUGAACAAUAUAAACUUGUUCGUGAAGCAUUACAUGAACGAGCUACCUUUUUAAAUAUUGCUCCAUAUUUAAGUCAUCAAAUACCUAUAAUGUUACCUCUUUAUAAUCGUGUUAAAGUACUUGAUGAAUUCCCAUGGUUAAAACAAGAUAAUCUUGUCGGUGCUAUUGUUUUUUACGACGGUCAGCAUAAUGACGCAAGAAUGAAUGUUGCUCUUGCUUUAACUGCAAUAUCUCAUGGUGCAACUGUAGCUAAUCAUGUAGAAGUUACUCAUUUACUUAAAAAUGAAAAUGGAAAAAUCUUUGGUGCUAGAGUUCGUGAUAAUUUAAAUGGUGAUGAAUGGGAUAUUAAAUCUAAGGGUGUAAUAAAUGCUACUGGUGUAUUCGCAGAUAAUAUUAUAAUACCAGCUUCCGGUGUUCAUGUAAUACUACCAAACUACUAUAGUCUUGGUGGAAAAAUGGGUUUGUUAGAUAAAUCUACUUCGGAUGGUAGAGUUCUGUUUGUACUUCCUUGGGAAGGGAAUACACUUGUUGGUACUACUGAUUCACUUGCUGAAGUAACAUUUAAUCCCAAGCCUAAAGAAGAAGAGAUUAUGUGGGUUUUGGAUGAAUUUAAUAAAUUUUUGACUCCUGAAACAAAAGUUAGACGAAAUGAUGUUUUAGCUGCUUGGGCUGGAAUUCGUCCACUUGUCAUAGAUCCUGAAGCAAAAAAUACCUCAGCUUUGGUACGAAGUCAUAUAAUCAAUGUUAAUGAUUCAAAUUUGAUUACUAUCACUGAUUUGAACCCGUUAAAUGAAUGUCAAACCGAAAAUGCGAAACUUAUAGGAUCUCAAGAAUAUUCUGAAACCAUGUUUAUUGAAUUAAUUCAACAAUUUGGAUUGGAUACUGAAAUAGCACAACAUUUAGCUCAUGAUUAUGGUGAUAGGGCAUGGGAUAUUUUAAAAAUAACACAUAAAGCAGGUAGCAAACAAUGGCCUAUUCCUAUACAAAGAUUAAAUCCAAAUUACCCAUAUAUCGAUUCUGAAGUUCGUUAUGCUAUACAACAAGAAUUUGCAUGUACUUUGGUGGAUGUGAUAGCAAGACGAACGCGUCUUGCUUUCUUAAAUUCACAAGCAACAUUAGAAUCUUUACCCCGUAUAAUUGAAAUUAUGAGUGAAGAAUUAAAUUGGACUCCUGAAAAACAGAAAAAAGAAUAUGAACAAGCAGUAGAAUUUUUGAAAACUAUGGGGUUACCAGAGUCGAAUGGCGAAUCAUCUCUUACAAAUGUUAGCAAAUCACAAUGA